AUGCUCCCACGCACACUCCUCCUCCUUACGCCCGCCACGGCCCUGGCCUCGGCGUCCAACAACAUCCCCCCACGGCCCGCGGACGCAGCGGCGCCGGCGCUGGCGCCGCGCCAGACGGACAACCUGCUGGGGUCGCUGAUCGACGUGGCCAACAAGCUGGGGCUCAGCGCGUGCCUGCCACAGGCGCUGCCGCUGGUGUCGGAGCUGCCGCGGCUGCCGCGGGGGCUGCUCAACGCGGACCUGAUCUCGCAGGCGCUGAGCCAGACGACGCUGCCGCUGACGGGCGUGUGCGGCUUCUCGGUGACGGGCGACGUGGGCGCCAAGUUCACGGCCUUCCUGCCGACGCUGUACGGCUGGUACGGCGACCACUCGGCCACCAUCGCCGCCAUCGUGGCCUCGGGCUGCCCGUCCGCCAGCGCCCUCGUCCGGACCGUCGAGGCCUACGAGUCCUGCAGCCAGGUGCCCACGGCGCGCGUGACCGGCACCGGCACCGGCGGGACCGCGGCCUCGGAGACGGGCACGGAGAGCGGCGGCGACGCGACCUUCUCCAUCCAGACGGACACCGUGGUCAGCACGUCGGCGUCGUCGACGCUGGGCUUGGGAUCCGGCGGCGCGGGAGGUACCGGGGCAGCCUCCACGCCGGCGCCGUCGUCCUCGGUUUCGCAGGCGCAAGCGCCGCGUCAGACUGGUCUCAUCAUGACUGCAGUCGCCGCCGCCGGUUUCCUUGGUGCGGUUGCUGCGCUUUGA